AUGGAGAAGAAACAGCAGAAGAUAACAUUCACUAAAGACCAAUGUCUUUUCUUAGAAGAAACGUUUCGAAAGAAUCGGUAUCCCCGUACAUCAAUCAGAGAGCAGAUUGCUGAAUCAUUAGGUCUUACGGAGAGGCAAGUUAACAAUUGGUUCGGAAAUCGUCGAAGAAAAGAAAGGGAUAAUUUCUACCAGAACGUCAACCAGGAUCAGACCUGUCAAGUGGAUGAACAGAAAGAGAAUUGGUACCAGAACGUCAACCAGGGUCAGAACCGUCAAGUGGAAGAAUAG